AUGUCCUCCUCUGAUAUUGAGUCAACCCCCAAAAGGCAAAAGCUGCCUCCCGCCAUUUCCCUCUUGUUCGAACAAAAAGAUGUUUGGAUCAAUGGUAUUCUUCCAUUCCUGGGAAUGGGCCACUUUGCGUUUGUGGGAGCCGUCAACAAGCAGAUGAAACAGCUAUAUCAGGAGUAUUGUGAUUCUGUCAAGAAUCCUCCCGAUGUGUUUGUGGAAGCAUAUCACUCAAGGAAAAGACGCACUACUAGCUACGAUACCAGCUACCGUGCCGCAUUCUGCAAUGUGGCAUGCGCCGAGUACUGGUACUACAGUGACAAUUCUGACACUAGGAGACCCCGACAUGCCAGUGUUACCCAAGCAAUUGCUAAAGUUGGAAGUCAACAAGUUCUUCAAUGGUCGCAGGAGAAAGGAUUUCCAUGGGAUGAGAAUACUUGCUAUGUUGCGGCUUUACAUGGGCGCUUGGAGAUAUUAAUUUAUGCCAGACAACAUGGCUGUCGAUGGGACAAAAGAACUUGUAGUGUUGCUGCUGAACGUGGGCACUUGCAUGUUCUGAAAUGGGCCAGAGAGAAUGGGUGCCAAUGGGAUACAGGAACAUGUUCCGCAGCUGCUGGUGGAGGGCAUUUGGAAGUAUUAAAAUGGGCAAGGGAGAAUGGCUGCCCUUGGGAUGCAGCCACCACCAGCAGGGCAGCCUUAGGUGGUCAUUUGCAUGUCUUGAAAUGGGCAAGGGAGAACAAUUGUCCAUGGAAUGGAUCAACUUGCUUUUCCGCUGCAUCCAAGGGGCACUUAGAAGUGCUAAUAUGGGCCAGAGAAAAUGGCUGCCAGUGGCACUCCCAUGCAGUGCACUCCCCUACAGCAUGGGCUGCUGCCAGACAUGGCCAUUUGGAAUGUCUGAAAUAUGCCAGAAGAAAUGGCUGCCCUUGGGACGAGGGGACAUGUGCUGGUGCAGCUCGAGGUGGAUAUUUAGAAAUUCUGAAAUGGGCAAGAACAAAUGGCUGUCGAUGGAAUGUGAAGACUUGUAUCCGUGCUGCCGAGACGGGGCAUGUAGAAGUGUUAGAUUGGGCCCUCAAAAAUGGUUGCCCGAUGAAUCUAGACAUCUGUGCUGGUGCUGCUAGAUUGGGAUACUUGAAGGCAUUGAAAUGUGCCAGGGACAAUGGCUGCCCAUGGGGUUCAACUACCUGCCACAUGGCUGCUUCGGGUGGACACUUGGAGGUCUUGAAGUGGGCCCACGAGAAUGGUUGCUCCUGGGGUGUCAGCACAUGUCAUGGUGCUGCUGGAAAUGGACAUUUGGAAUGCCUGAAAUAUGCCCACGGAAAUGGCUGUCCAUGGGAUUUUCAGACGUGUGAUUUUGCCCGAAUGAAUGGGCAUGCUGAGUUAUUGAAAUGGGCAAAGGACAAUGGCUGCCCAGAUACCGAGUAA